ACGCCUGGCGAUGCUGCCCUUGGUGAGAAGUCUCGUGUUGGCGCUGGUGGCUGCCGGCCCGGUACAAGCGGAGACCCUCCCACACCUGUUCCUCUCUGGCGGAGGCGGCACUUCCUCUUCCUCCUCCUCCUCUUACUUCUCCUAUAAGCCUUCGUCAUCCUCCUCCCGUUCCUCCUCCUCUUCCUCCUCUUCUCCCUACAGUCUUUCUUCUGAUUCCUCCUAUCCUUCCUCAUCCUUCUCCUCCUCCAAUAGGCCUUUGUCAGGUCCCUACUAUUCCUCCUCUUCCUUCUCCUCACACAGACCUUCAUUAUCUUCUACCUCCUCUUCAACCUCCUCUUACAAACGUUCCUCCUCCUCUUCCUACAUGACUUCAUCUUCCUCCUACCCCUCCUACAAGGCUUCAUCAUCAUCCUCCUACCCCGCCUUGCCUUCCUUGCCUCAGCCUGUGCCACUGGUGAUGAACACGGCUCGCUUCGUGGUGGUCUCCGAGGGGCAGUAUGACCACGCCCACCACACCCACGGGCGGGAGGAGGACCACGAGCACCGGGAGCCACACUUCGCUACAGGCAACACCUCCAUGCAGGUCUUCUUGGGGAACACGGUCACCCUCGACUGCACCGUCCAUGAUAUGCUCAACGAGUCGGUGUCCUGGAUGCGUAGCGUGGAUGACGUGCUCGAGCUAAUCACCUGGGACACUCACACCUACGCUAAGGACAGCAGGUACUCGCUGGUACGGGAGUCCGGCGACAGAUGGCACCGUUGGCAGCUGGUGAUUCGUCGGACUCAGACAGAAGACCAAGGACAGUACCGGUGCCAGGUAGCCACACAACCUCCUCUUGUCCUCGUCGUCACUCUCAACGUCACAGAACCCGUGGCGCGGGUGGUUGACGAGCGAGGGACCAAGGUGAUGGAGAAACACUACAACAGCGGCAGCAUGAUUGAACUCAAGUGCAUCGUAGAAAAGAUACCUUUCCCUCACGGCCCCGUCACCUGGCGUAGGGGACACACCACCCUCACCUACAACACCUCCAGGGGUGGCAUCAGUGUAAAGGGAGACGCCAAUGCCGGGUACAUCAGAAGUCGCCUGUACGUGGCCAACGCAGCGCCUUCCGAUUCCGGCUUGUACUCCUGCUGGUAUAGUAACUACACCAGCGAUACCGUUACCGUCCAUGUCAUAGCAGGCGAGAACUCACAAGCAAUGCAACACGACGGCCUCCCAGGCUCCACCAGCAGUACGGGCGGGCCACCCAUUCACUACCACCACUACCACCGCCUCCUUCUGCCCUCCUUCUGUCUCGCUGCCCUCGUCCUCACCUGCCACAACACACGUCGCCUCGAUCUCCUCCUCCUCUUUCUCUUUUUCCUCCUCCUCCUCCUCCUUCUCUACACGUCGAUCCCCUUCUGCCAUAGUAAAGCUGUUUUCAUGAUAUUCAGCUGGGGCGCGUGUGCCCUGGCCACAUCUAGCCAGGGAGUUUGGAGGCGUGGCACGUGGUGUGGACACAGGAGCUGAUAGAUGUACGCCGUCGCUCCCAGUUCUCCCUUCCUCUUCCUCCCAUCUUUAUUCCGCCGUUAUCCUUUUAUCCCUAUCGAUAUUUUGUAAACACACGAGAAAUCAAUUAAUAUUAGGAAGAAAAGAAUACUUUAGGUUUUGAGCUUAACUGAUUUUGCGCGAUUCUGGUUAUGCUGUGAAGUACAGUCGAGACUGUUUGGAUUUCUUCUGUGGGACGUGUUUGGUUCCUUAGAGGCGUGUCUGACUUCUAUGAGACGUGCAUGUAUGUAUUGUACUUACGUAUGUGUAUGAAUGUUUGUGUACAAGCGCUUAUCUUAUGAGGAAUAAACAGGAAAGUUCACAAUACAGGCAUUAGAUUCUCGAUCCUGAAAGUCAUAACCUCAAGUAGCGGCGAUGUUCAACUCUCUUCAUGUUCAUAAUUCCAUGUAAGUCCAUGUCGGUGUGUCAUCCAUAACAUACUGGAGCGAGAAUCGUAAGAGCCUGGAUGUUGCUGUCUCGGUGUGUCACUUUGUUCUUAUCGUUAUUAUUAUACUUUCUGAAAACUCGACAAACCUCAGACCAAACACAAGACGUGCAGACAUUUCCUCCCCGAGAGUGCUGACAUGUUUAUAACACGCUGUACUGUAUAUAUAUAUAUAUAUAUAUAUAUAUAUAUAUAUAUAUAUAUAUAUAUAUAUAUAUAUAUAUAUAUAUAUAUAUAUAUAUAUAUAUAUAUAUAUAUACUGUAUAUAUAUGUGUGUGUGUGUGUGCGCUCGAAAAUAAUAGUAUUAUAUAUAUUUUCAUUUGCUCUGUCUCCUAAGAAUUUGUAUCAUGUGUGUAGAAUUGCACAAUAAAUAUUUCUGUCUGUG